AUGCGCAUGGAGCCGGGGGACGAGCCCUGCGGCAUGGCCCCGGACCGGGGUUUGGUAUCAGCAACACAGAGACCGCGGCAGGAGCCCGGGACAGGGACCCAGGAGGGGCCUCCUGGCCUCGGUGCUGUUCGAGCCCGCCGCUUCCUGCUCUGCCUUUACCUGGUAGGCUUCCUGGAUUUGUUUGGUGUGAGCAUGGUCGUCCCUUUACUGAGCGUUCAUGUCAAGUCUCUUGGAGCAAGUCCAACGGUUGCUGGGAUAGUAGGCUCCUCCUAUGGCAUUUUGCAACUCUUUUCCAGCACAUUAGUGGGCUGCUGGAGCGACAUCGUCGGAAGACGGUCUUCCCUACUGGUGUGCAUCCUGUUCAGCGCCCUGGGUUACCUUCUGCUCGGAGCAUCUACCAACGUGUUCCUGUUCACCCUGGCUAGAGUCCCUGCGGGUAUCUUUAAGCACACACUCUCCAUCUCAAGGGCCCUGCUAGCUGACCUGGUCACAGAGGAGGAACGGCCGGUGGUGCUGGGACAGUUCAACACGGCGUCCAGCAUGGGCUUCAUCUUGGGCCCAGUGGUCGGCGGGUAUCUGGCUGAGCUGGAUGGUGGGUUUUAUCUCACGGCCUUCGUCUGCUCUUCUGUCUUCGUUCUCAACGCUGGUCUCGUUUGGCUGUUUCCAUGGAGUGAAGUAAAACUCAGUGGUCCAGAGGAUGACUUGCCAUGGGGUAUGAACCAGGCGCUUUGGGAAAAGACAGACUCUGCCGUGCAGAGGGCGGCCAGUGCCCAGGCGACCCCAGCCAGCCCCCAGGGGACCCCAGUGAGCAAGGGGCCGGCCAGACUGCCCUGGGCGGAGGUGCUGGCCACCCUGUGGGGCCUGAGGAGCCUGGUGCUCUCUGCCCUGUGGGUCGUGUUCGUGGUGCGCCUGCUGAUGGCUGUGGCUGUCAUGCUCUACUACAGUAACUUCGUCCUGGCCCUGGAGGAGCGCUUCGGCAUGGGGCCCAGGGCAGCUGGCUAUCUCACCAGCUGCAGCAGCGCCCUGGGCGUCCUGGCCGGCUUCGCCCUGGGGCCCCUCCUGCGGCUGUAUGGCCACCAGUCUUACUGGCUCCUGCUGCACUCCAGCGUGCUCACGUCUACGCUGCUGCUGCUCUUCGCCUCGGCACGCAGCCUGGACGUCGCGGUCGUCUGCUCUGUGCUCCUGUCCUUCUCCACCGCCAUUGGCAGGACCUGCAUCACUGACCUCCAGCUGACCGUGGGCGGGGUGCGGGCUGGCGGCAGCCUCCUGGGCAUGGGGCAGUCGGUGACAGCCGUGGGCCGGGUCCUUGCCCCCAUCCUCUCGGGGGUGGCCCAGGAGGUAAGCCCCUGCGGCCCUCCCGGCCUGGGGGCGGCCUUAGGCUUUAUGGCUGUUGUCAUCAUGUCACGAAACAGACCUCACUCUGGUGGCCAAGGGGGUGAGGAAUUAAAAAGCGAGUAGGUGGAUUUAGCAGCAGGAAGAGACAAAACCAGAGGUGUGUGGGUGUGGACAGAGGCCCCAGGAUGGGUGCUAUGGAAAGGACCGAUGGUAAAGAGAAGUGACUUCUCUCCAAAAAGAAGCUCUGGUGGUGGCUGUCCCAUCAGGCUUGUGGGACGGGUAGAAUCAAAGCAGUACAUAGACACAUGAAGACGGGAGCUGAAUUUGGCAGGAGGGGAAGGUAGUCAGCAUUCCCCUAAGAGUCUGCUCUUCAUCUGGCCAGUGAGCCUGGGGUUUUCAAGGGGAAAUGGUGGUGGGCUCACAGAGCAGGACACGUGCCAGGAGGGGAGAGACUGCAGGAAUGUCCCUGCUGAACAGAAAUAAGGAAACAUGAAUGAAAUGCUGGUCAGCUGGAUGCAAUAUCAGGUGAAAUUCGAUGAGCUCCAAGGAGGCUUUUCUGCCACCAAAAUGCCAGAGAUCAAAGAAGCUGCUGUGCUGAAACCAGUCUGUCCCUUCUUCAGGGCCUCACAGCAUUCCACCCGGGGAGCUGGCUCAAAACCAGAGAUGCCCAUCUGAGCCCGUGGACCCAGGUGAGGCCCUGGAAUCUGGGGUGUUUAGUGAGUCCUGUUUCCAGUUUCUCCUGGAGGUAGAGAAAGGCUCAUUCUGAGACCUGCUGGUUUGGAUUAAAGUAAAGUCAGAGACUUGGUUGUUAUUAAUAGCUAACGCGUUUGGGUUGUCUGUUAAAAUCAUGCGAUCACACAUUGUGGGUUCCGCUUCCCCCGGCUCUCAGCAUCACACUGUAUACCAGGGGAACUCAGUCCUAGGGGCCCUUCCCCUGUGCCCAGGGUCCCUGAGGCCCCCACCCUGCAGAGGCCCAAGCCUGCCUGCAGCCACAUCUCCCAGAGACCAGGCAUGAUGACCUGUCUGCUCCUGGAAGAGGGGAAAGAACCUGGUGGAGAAACCAAAUCAAAUGCUUUUCAGAUGAACGUCGUCUUCAGGAUAAGAGAGAGACUGGCAUCAGGCCCUGUCAUAGGUGCUACAGCGUCUUUGUUGAAAAUCAUUUCCUCACUUUGAUGUUGACAUCACACCUAAGAACAGAAGCGCUGUGUUGACCUACAGGGAAACGUUCUGGGUGCCUCCAGGGGCCUCGGAAGCAGGGUGAGCACAGAUGGCCCGGGAGGCUGCAGGCACUCACUGACUCUCCAAGGGACAUCAGUUACUGGUACAAACGGUUUAGGGGCCCCCUGUCCACACAGAUCCCCAGAGCUCACGUUCCUUUCGGUCCUUUUAAUCAGUCUGCUAGGGUUGGAUUCCAGUCUUCCACCUGAUGUAUGUAAUUAUAAAUGAUGCUUUAAUACACGAAUCUGUUAUGACUUUAAUACUUGCAGAGCGGAAAACAAUUGUUCUGCUGCUGCAGACGUGUGUUGGGUAAACUCAAAUAUUUAUGGUGAAGAAUUAACUGCAGGUUUGAAGAUUGUCCUUGUUCCUGUUUAGCUACAAGAAAAAUGUUAGCUUCUAAUUCAGUGUGACUUUUGUACAAGUUCUUUUGAGGAAACCAAAAUAUGAUAUAAAAUGGCCUUGGUCUGAGUGAGUGUACCAAGUUGUCACAGAGAUUAGACUCAAAAGAACACUGUAUAAUCAAGGGUUUAUGCAAUGAAGGAGAAUUUCUAAAGAAUUUCUCCAAAGACUGUCUUUUCUUCACUCUCAGAAAUAGGUUUCUGAGAAGCUCUUAAAUCUAGCCAUGUGUUUAUUUUUUUUAAACUGUAGCACUUUAGUUUUGAAGUUAAAGCCUGUACACUUAAUGAGGUUUUAUAACGAACUAGAGACAGAAAUACUGAGAACCCUAAAAAUUGAUCUCAGUGUGGAGAGCAGAAACACACUUGGUAUUCUCUACUACUACAAAUUUUAGUGUUUGGUUCGCGUGAAUUCUUCAGAUAUUUAUAUUAGAUAGUCUAACAUGCUGCUACUCGAAGUGUGGCCCGGGGACCAGCCACAUCCCGUCCCUGGAGCUCCUCGGACAUGCAGACACUGGCCCACCCCACAGCUGCGGAAGUCAUGUGCACAAGACACCCAGCUGCUUUGUUUGCACAGUGAAGUGUGAAAACGACCACCAGUCUGAUGGACACUGUUUAUAAU